GUCCCGUCCCCGCCGCAAGUCCAUUGGCGCAGAGACCCAAGGCGGGGCUGAGACGGUCGUUAUGAUUGGUCGUCUGCGCUGUCGGUCAGCGAGGGUGGUCGCGGCGAGGGUGGAGCGAGGGAGCGAGGAAUGGUCCGCUUCAAGUCCAGGUACCUUCUGUGCGAGAUAGUGUUUGAGAAACCACAAUAUCGGCAGCAUAUCGAUGUCGGAAGCGUCAAUCGAAAUGUCAGGAAUGCAAUCAGUCAAAUGCAUGGUGACUUUGGGAUCGGCUGUUGCUCUUUACGUUUAGAAGUCACAUACCUAAAUGCCUACACAGGGAUCGUCUUAAUAAGGUGCCAAAAAGACUUCUACAGGAUUCUAUCUACAACGCUGCUGUUCAUCACCUUCCUUGAAACCAAGAACCAAAAGUUCCCAUGCUUUUUCAACACUUUACACGUGGCAGGUACAAUUCGAAGCUGCCAGAAGUUCCUGAUCCAGUAUAACCGCAGGCAAUUGGUACUGCUGCUGAGGGACUGCAAAACCAAAAAGGAGAGAGAAUCUGUUCAAAUGUCUCUUCUGCAGUGCUCACUAAAAGUAUGGAAUGAAGAUCAAUCGUAUCAUGGAUAUGAAGAGAUGGAAGGAGCAGACACUGAUUAAAUGGGUUUUGAAAUCCUAUCACUGGGUAAAAAUGAAGAACUGCAUUGAGGGAAUGCUUGCGUGCAGAUCCCCUGCAUGAUCAAGGUGUACGGCUAUGUUGCCAGCCGAACCAAUGAACACUGAUGUUUUAUGAAUGGUUUGAAAAGCAGCUUCCCAACUUUGCUAUCAUGCCAUCUCAUGAAUUAGUCAAUGUAAGUGCUAAAUGCUGCAUUAGCUAAACGGGACAAACAAUUCUUCAGCGAGUUCAGCACUCAGCAAUAUUUUUGCGAUGUAAAUUGACGUCAAUAAACAGUAUUACAUACAUGUU